AUGCAAAAUAGUCAAGACAAUAACGAAAUCAAUCCGAGACAGAUAUCGAAGUCAGCAAAACGGGCCAAUCGCAGAAAGGUACUCUCUCGAGAGUAUAAAGCUCGGAGUAUCUUAGAAUCUCAACCUAACGCCACUCACAGUAAGUCAUUGGAUCGCACAGCUAACCGUCUAUACAAAAAAGCACGUAACGAGUUUAGGAUAGGAUUAUCGUUACCUAGCGAACAAAAAACCACAAGCACUCAACAAAUUUCGAAAGACGCAAAGUCGCAAUUUAAAAAAGCAGAACGCAUUUUGGAACACGCUUUUGCUAUUCAAAAAGCAGCUGAAAUUACAAAUACCGUAGGUUAUCAAUACGUACCCGAACGACCUAACACUAAUGUCGAAAAGUAUAAUAAGUUAGUUUUACCAAAUAUUAAUAAUAAAAUACAGAAUGACAAGUAAUAAUUCAACCUUGAUUGAAUCCACGCUGAAAUUAUCUAACUUUAAAAACAACGGAACCAAAAAUAAAAUUGCAAUUUGACUGAAAAUAUUCGAAACAGUUUAUCUGACUAAUUCGGCAACUUAUUUUUUAUACUACAUGGAGGACGAUGAGUUGUUAUACUGAAGAGAGCAUAUUUUGGGAACCUAUAUAACAUCUUGGGAGACAAUAAGAACUACGUUGACGAAUCGAUUUGGUGCUCCUAAAAUACAUUCGAACCUAUUCGUGAGUGCAUGCAACGGCGAUUGGACGGAAAAUUGAUGGAUGGAUAGAAAAUUGGACGAAAGCAUUGGAAAUUAUUUUGGUAAAAAAAUCAAUUAAUUACAUUGGAGAAAUUUAACAGUAAUGGAAUUCAGUGGCGUAGCGAGGAUUAUGCAAUGGGAGGAGUUCGAGGUAUCAAUUAUACUGUUACUAUUUUACACUUUUAGAUUCUGAGUGGAGCGAGGAAUGUAAAGAAAAUGUAUAGGUAAUGCAUUUGUAAUUAUUUUACCAUAGCAUGACAUAUAUUGUUAACAAAGCAACAUUAUCAAUCAAACUCCGCUCAGAAUCGUUUUUUCGUUAGCAAUAGUUUAUCAUUCCUUAAAGAUAUACAUUAAAUUUCCUCUCCACUAGCUUUCCAACUUCUAAUCUAUAGCAGUGGCUGCACCUGUCCCUAUUAUCCUAAGACACCUUUUUUUUUAUGUUUUUUGCUCAAUGCUUAAGUAUACUCUUAUUGACAUAUUUUAGAACCAGGUACAGUGGUGUAAAUAGAAAAAAAAAUUAACCAAUUGAUAGGUAUACAAAUACUACAAUUGAGUCUUGAAAUAUUUUACUGUUAAUUUACAGCCAACGUAUUUGUCUUGUUUCAUUGCUAAUGGAUUCAAAACGUCUUCCAGCUAAAAUAUUAUUUCCUAGAAAACAGUCACAUUUAUGA